GGCAAGGGUGCAGAGCUUGGGGGGGAAGUGGUACACUCUCAUUGUCAAGAAUGAUUACACAAGGUGGAACCGUGUAUAUUUCCUGAAGCACAGAUCAGACGCCGCUGAGGCAUUCGAGAGGUACCUUGCAGAAAACCGGACAGACGGUGCCCCGUCCGCUGUCAUGGCCGUGAGAUCCGACAACGGAGGAGAGCUUUUUUAGGGAGAUUUCGGCAAGGUGUGCCAGAAGUACUGCAUCAAACAGGAGUUCACCCCCGCACACAGCCCUAAAUACAACGGUGUAGCUGAGAGAGCACUGGGUCUGAUCAAAGAUGCAGCACUAGCCGCUCGUAUCCAAGCGCCAACUCUUUACCCCGGAGCACCGAACUACCCCUCCCUUUGAGCCGAGGCCAUAGCUUGGUCAUGCAACGCCCUGAACUGCACCUCCACCACAUCCAACCCAGAGAAGAAGUCGCCGUACGAGAUGUGGCACGGGCACCCUCCCCCGCCGGGGGCGACGUACCCGUUCCUCAAACCUGCCGUAAACAAGGUCAAGCGCACACACAAGUCCGAGCCGAAAAUCCAAAAGUGUUUUUACCUCGGCCCGGGAAUCAACACCAACCGUGAUUGCGUGCGCAUCUUGAACGAAAAACGUCAAGCCAUCACAACUCGCAACUUCACCUGGCAAUCGGUACCCGCCGCCCCCGCCGCCCCCGCCGCCCUGCCCCAGUCGCUGCCUCCCAUCGCAGAGGAGGAAGAGAAAUUCGCGACUGAGGAGGAUGAGGUUAGGGGGGGCGACGAGGUGGAGGGAGGGCGGAGGGAGAACCUGUGGAUGGAGGACCAGGAGUCGGGCGCGGGCGACGCUGGCGAUGGCGCCCCCUCGAGCAGGGAGAGCGCGAGCGUCGCCCCAUGUACCACGUCGACCGGCACGGCCGAUGUGGGCGGCGACGAGGACGACCGCCACAGCAGCGGUUGCGGCGGCAGCGGCAGCGACAGCAGCAGCCGUGGUAGCUCCGGCAGAGGCAGCGACAGCAGCAGCGGCGGCAGCAGCGGCGAUGACGGCGGCAGCGACAGCAGCAGUGGCAGCGACAGCGAGACGGAUCUCCCGGCGCUCUGUGGGCCAGAGGCCCGGCGGCUCGCCCGCUUCGACAAGCCGGCGGAACUCACCAGCCGCCGCACUAGGGAGAACCCUCGCCGAAAUCCGAGGUACGAGUCGCCCCCGUCGCCGCCCACAUCGGCCCCGUCGCCGACAAGUGCCGAAGCCCUGCUCGCCUCGGUGGCGAGCCUGCCCGACAGCAGCACGGAGGAGUUCACCCGCUGGAUGCUCUCGGCAGUACUUCACGUGGCGGAGGGGCUAGAGGCGAGGGUGGUGCGAGAGUUGCUGUCCGAGCGCGCGCAGGAGGCCCACGCUGCGCGCCAAGAGGCGGAGGAUUUCCUGCUGGGUACGGUGGACCUCAUGCUCAACUCGCCAGACGCCUUCGAGACGGCUGUGGCGUCCCACGAGCUAAGUGAAUCCCACAUUGGCAAGCGUCCGAGUGAUGUAGAACCCCNUUUUCAUUCGUAG